CAUUUCCCUUCUGUAUGUCUUGCAGCUUAGCCAACUAUGCCACCUUCCAGGGCACAUUUUAUUGCAAAUCUCAUCACCAGCUGCUUGCCGGGGUUAAGAAAAGGAGCCAAGAGGAAAACGCAGGCAUCCGUCAAAGAGAUCAGCAGCUGCAGAUAGCCGUGCAGCCAAGUCCAGGACUGGGGUCGAAGAAUAGAAAUAAUCGCCCAGGAAAGCUCCUCGCCAGAGAGAAAAUGCAGCCGCCGUUUUCUGGUUUGUACUCUCAGGCUAACCUGAGACCGACUAGGCAAGCCAAGCAAGAGAUGGCCUCAAAGAACAAGCCCAGAACUAGUUGGCCCCCUUUAAAGGAAGCGGCUGGAAAAGAAAUAGGUCGGAAAUAUGGCAGCCCUGGAGCAACCAAGAGACCAUCGCAAGAUGCCGUAUCGAUUCUGCGGUGCCGGAGUGGAGCAGAUGGGAGCCUCCGCGAGGCCCUGGGAGGCAAAUCGAUAGCAGAAAGUGCUCAGGCGGGAAAGAAGCAAAGCCAAUUACCCAGAGUCACAUUUGCAAAGCACGGUUCGCGCUGGAUUGAAACAGCAGGUGGGAGCGGAGACUUGAGAGUAUUAGGAAAGAGACAGUUGUUCGCGGGUGAAAGCAUCCUAGGAGCUCAGGGAAGGAAGAAAGGACUCAGCGUAGCAGAAAGGGCUGUGAUGUUCCAAGGCAACCCACUCAAAAUGAAGAGGAGCGUUCCUGUAGUCUCACCUUUAACAUCAACCCCUCUGGAGUCUCCUUCUUUUGGUUCACUGCCCUCCCAUUCAGAAGCACUCAAAACUAGUAAAGCAACAUCUUUUGAUGCUUCAGGAGUUACUGCAGCUGGUGCUUCUAGUCUUGCAAAAGGUUCUCUUGAGGGCAAGAGGCUUAGUAGUGGAUCUUCCUCCAGCAAGGGUGCAUCUGACGAAAGGCAUGCAGAGCAGAUUUUGCUAAGAGCUGAGCUUCUUCCUAAAGUCAGGGUCCCACUGCCUGCUUUGGCACCAGCAGACAGCAGACAGCAGCUUCCAGAAGCCAGCAAAGGUAACAUGUCAAUCACUCUGGCAUGUGAUGAGGCUGGACAACCGAGUCACAUCACUGCUAAACCAACAGAGGUCCACAAGCCCUCCCAGGCGAAGGCUGAAUCCUCAGUAUAUCUACCUGAGCGCAAAGGUGAGCAAAGCAAUGAUGAGGAGGCAUUGGGUUCUUCUCCUGAUUCAUUGGAGACAUGCCUGGCAGCUGACCAGGUAAGUGAGCAUUCAUGGGAAGGCAGGAUUGAGUUCCCUGGGAGAGAAAUGCAAGCAGUGAUAGACCCAGCGAGCUUGCAGAGGCCAGAAAACCAACUUUAUCCUGAAACCCACAACAGCAAGGAGGCAGAGAAUAGAAGGGAGAAAGAAAUGCAGGCAGGAGGAGAUUUAGACGGCACUGAGACACAAAAUGGCAUUCUUCAAGAGGUCUCCCAAAAUAGCAAACCUGAGGAAAGAGCCACCACUUCAGAUGAGGAAGCAGAAAUAGAAGGCCAUUCAGCAUCCAGCUCACAAGCAGAAUACGCUCAAAAAAUGGGCGUUCCUCAAAGAAAUGACCCACAAGACUCCACUUCCAACACAGCACCAUUCACUUGUGAAAACCUGGAACCAGGUGACCUACUUGCAAAAAUAGCCAACACAAAUGAAGAGAUACCAGGAAAGGCUAGCAGUGACAAUAAUAUCCAGCUUGAGGAAGAAACUUUCAGGAGGACCAUCCUUCAGGUCAAAGACCAAGGAACAUUCGGCUCCUGUGAGGUCCCACAUUUGACUGAAAAGCAAGUGAUGGGAAGUACAAAGGUGGCUAUGAAACCUCAGAGCGAAGAUGGCUCAGGUGCACAGGCAAUUUGCAGUAAGGAGACCACGAAGGAGUCUGCUAGAAAGCAAAAGGAAAGGAACCCUUUGGCUCGACUUUUUGCUUCCAAAACUCAAGGCAGAGCAUGCAAGCAGGAAGAACCAGCAGUGACUAAGAAAGCACUUAAGACUCAAUCUGCCUUAGCCACACUCUUUGGAUAUUCUUUGGAGAAAGACAAGAUCCCAAAGGCAGUAGCAAAGCCUUCAAUGAAAACCAGCAGUGGAAAAGGAUUGCCGCUUGUCUGUUUCUCAGACUUACCAAAGCUUGGCACCUGCAAGGAAAGUGAGACCUCAGGUCUUAUUCAAGCAAAAGGUUCAGAAGCAGGCCUUUGGGAUUCAGAGGAGAAUUAUGGAAGCCACACAAAGGAUGGGCACAAAGAAAGUUCUCCACCCUUGGACAGCACCAAAGCCUUCAGUGCUGAUGCGCUUCCCAUAGAGCUGAGCACAGACAUUUCAAGUAGCAUUGAAGCAGUGUCUGGAAUGAAGGGUCUUGAAGUUCCCAAACAAUCCAAUUUGAAAAUGGAAACAGUGCUCUCGGACAACAACAAGUCCUCACUGUUUUCCAGCUUUCAUGAUUCUCUGGCAACUCCUACAGAGAACCCGUUGCUAUGUUCUACGAGCUCCUUGAUGGAAACAAUGACAGAAAUAAAUGUUAACUCUAGAGGUGAUCCUUAUGAUCAAGAUCUACAAAACUUCCCUAACCAGCCUGCCAUGGAUGCUCAGUAUUUAGAAACGAAGGCUGAAAAUGUUUCUUUAUUGGGCCCUUCAAGAGAAGACAAGGCUCAGUGUGACUAUCAAGUUCCUGACAUGCUUCUAUUUUCUAUGGGGGUAGACAGAUCAGCAAGCAUGGAUGGAAGUGGCUCUCUUGAUCUGGACACAGGGAGCAUGAAAGUCAAAAACGAAGCUUGCUCUGGCUUAAGCGCUUCAGAAAACAUCUCAGAGGUGAACAACCUGCACCAUUUUUCAGAAUCUGAGCCCCCUAGAGCAAUCAGUCUUAAUAUCAACGACACUCCAGGAACUGGAAAUUCUGAGAUGUUUCAGAACCCACAAUCCUGCCUUCAGCUGAGUGAAGAUGGACUUGGACUCCGUGUUGAAAAAUCCACUGCUGAUGGUUACCCCAGUGGAAAAGUGGACAUCCCUUCACUGCUUGGAUCUCUCCAGCAUAUCCCAGAGCUCCUUAGAGAUACCAUUCAGCGUAACACUGAAGGACGUGCAGCUGCAACAGAACAAUCCCCGGAAGAGAUGAUGCCAGCAGAGAAGAGUGGUGGGUUCUCAGGAAGCCUUCUGUAA